UUGCUGCUAUAAGAUUGACUCCACGCACCAUCAGCACCAAACUUGCCUCCGUCCAUCCUCUCCGGCGCACUCCCUCUUCUCCACCGCGCACCGUCCUUUUUAAACCCUGCUCUGGUUCUCUCCUCCGCCGGAAGGUGCUCAGGUGCAUCCCGCGGUUCACACGCGCUCUCCGCUGAGUUGAUUAUGGUCACAACCCCCGCGGUGCCAAGGUGGAGCCACCGCGCGUGUCUCGGAUCGGUGCGCUCCUCCAGGGGCUGGGAUGCGCACCGGGCACCUCUCGCUUCCUGCCGGGUUUCGGGUCUGACCAGGAGUCUGGCCCGGGGCGCCGAGCCAGGAGGAGCCAGUCCACCCGGAGCAGGAUGCCGGUGAUGAGAGGGCUGCUGGCCCCGCAGAACACCUUCCUGGACACCAUCGCCACCCGCUUCGAUGGCACCCACAGUAACUUUGUUCUGGGGAACGCCCAGGUCCAGUCCCUCUACCCCAUCGUGUACUGCUCGGACGGGUUCUGCGAGCUCACCGGCUACGCCCGCGCCGAGCUCAUGCAGAAGAGCUGCGCGUGUCACUUCCUGUACGGCCCGGAAACCAGCGACGGGUCGACGGCUCAGAUCCAAGGAGCCCUGGACGAGAGGAAGGAGUUCAAGACCGAGCUGGUGUUCUACAAGAAGGAAGGUUCACAGUUCUGGUGUCUCCUGGACAUCGUGCCCAUCAAGAAUGAAAAGGGUGAAGUGGUUCUGUACCUCGUGUCCCACAAAGACAUCUCCGACAAGAAGAAGGACCAUGACCCAGCACACGGCCCCGACACCGACGAGGAGACGGGGCUGGAGGUGCACCAGGUGACUCGCCCUCAAGGCUUCAACAGCAACCGGCGCCGCAGCCGAGCCGUGCUCUACCACCUGUCAGGACACCUGCAGAAACAAGACAAGAGCAAACUGAAGAUCAACAACAACAUGUUCGGGGACAAACCUCCGAUCCCAGAGUACAAAGUAGCAGCCAUUCAGAAGUCCCGCUUCAUCCUCCUCCACUACGGGACCUUCAAGGCCGGCUGGGAUUGGUUGAUUCUGCUGGCGACCUUCUACGUGGCCGUCACCGUGCCCUACAACGUGUGCUUCACGGUGGUGGGGGGGCGGGACGACGGCGGCAGCAGCGGCAGCAGCAGCUUCCCCCGAACCCCGCCCAGCGUCAGCGACAUCCUCGUGGAGAUCCUGUUUAUUUUAGACAUUGUGCUGAACUUUCGAACCACUUUUGUGAGCACGUCGGGUCAGGUAGUGUACGACGCCCGCUCCAUCUGCGUUCACUACGUCACCACCUGGCUCUUUGUCGAUCUCAUUGCCGCCCUGCCCUUUGACCUGCUGUAUGCUUUCAACGUCAGCGUGUACUUCGGGGUCCACCUGCUGAAGACGGUGCGGCUGCUGCGGCUGCUGCGGCUGCUGCAGAAGCUGGAGCGCUACUCCCAGUACAGCGCCGUGGUCCUGACGCUGCUCAUGUCCAUGUUCGCCCUGCUCGCUCACUGGAUGGCCUGCGUCUGGUACUUCAUCGGCCGCAAGGAGAUCGAGAGUCCGGGCUCCUGGGAUAUCGGUUGGCUCCACGAGCUGGCCAAGCGUCUGGGUACCCCUUACUUCCUGUCCCCGCUGACGGCGCUGGUCCCCUCUUCAGUCGGCAGCCUCCCGGCCAACAGCAGCAACAGCAGCGGCAGCAGCAGCCACUGGAGCGUGUUGGGGUCAGAGGUCGGGGGCCCGGCCUCCUGGAACUCGAGCCAGUAUUACGGAAACGUGUCGGGGGGCGAGGCCGUGUCGGGGACGGCCGCCGGCGCUGCGGAUCUCCCGCUGCUGGGCGGCGGCCCGUCGAUGCGAAGCAGCUACGUGACGUCACUGUACUUCGCUCUGAGCAGUUUGACCAGCGUGGGGUUCGGAAACGUCUCGGCCAACACGGACUCGGAGAAGAUCUUCUCCAUCUGCACGAUGCUCAUAGGAGCACUGAUGCAUGCUGUGGUGUUUGGUAACGUGACGGCCAUCAUCCAGAGGAUGUACUCUCGCCGCUCGCUCUACCACACGCGCACCAAGGACCUGAAGGACUUCAUCAGGGUCCAUCGACUGCCCAAAGCCCUUGAGCAGCGCAUGCUGGAGUGUUUCCAGACCACGUGGUCGGUCAACAACGGGAUAGACGUCAAUGAGCUGCUGAAGGACUUCCCCGACGAGCUGCGGGCCGACAUCGCCAUGCACCUGAACAAGGAGCUGCUGCAGCUGCCGCUGUUCGAGUCGGCCAGCCGAGGCUGCCUGCGCUCGCUGUCCCUCAUCAUCAAGACGUCCUUCUGCGCUCCGGGCGAGUUCCUCAUCCGACAGGGAGACGCCCUGCAGGCCAUCUACUUCGUCUGCUCGGGCUCCAUGGAGGUCCUGAAGGACAACACGGUGCUGGCCAUCCUGGGUAAAGGAGAUCUGAUUGGCUCGGACUCCCUCACCAAGGAGCAGGUGAUCAAGACCAACGCCAACGUCAAGGCGCUGACGUACUGCGACCUGCAGUACAUCAGCCUGAAGGGCCUGCGCGAGGUCCUGAGGCUCUACCCCGAGUACGCCCAGAAGUUCAUCAGCGAGAUACAACACGACCUCACGUACAACCUGCGAGACGGACACGGGGCCGAUGUGGACUGGGAGAGUAACGGCGGCCUGGUGAAGAAGCUGCCGUCGAUCCGUGAGGAUGAGGAGGGCGACGAGGAGCAGAACUCUGUGUCCCGAGCCCCUCGCUCCCCGCUGCGCCUCAGCAGGGGGCUCAACUCGCCGCUGCGCUCCCCGCUGCUGCCCCCCCGGCCCUUCAGAGCCCCCUCGGACCACACCCGGCCCACCACCCUGCAGAUCCCCGUGGUCAGCUUCUGCAGUGCACCGCCUGAACUCAGCCCCCGAUUCGUGGACGGAAUCGAAGCAGAGACGAGCUCCACCUCAUCCCAGAAGUUUGAGUUCAGCCCCAGCCUCUCACCUGUAGCCUCGCCCUCCCCGUACUCAGGAAUCCGGGAGCAGACUGAGAUCAAGCAGAGUGUUUCCAAACUGACGGAGGAGAUGAACUGUCUCUCCAAACAAGUCUCCAAGCUCAGUCAGGAGCUGCAGGAAAUGACGCUCCUCCUCAGGCCCCUCCUCCAAACGGCGGUGCAGCCCAUCCUGAUGUCCAUGGUGUCAAAUUUAACCCCGCCCCCUAGCAGUGCCAGCCAGCUGUCAACGAGCGCCUCCCUCGUGGCUCCGCCCACCGCCACACCUUGUUCCCUGCAGAGACCGGACAGUCACUCCCUGUUGGACAGUGGAGACAUGGAGGGUGUGGAUUUGCCAGGAUGCCUUCUCCCAACUCCUCACGCACCCAAAAGGCCUCGUUCUUCUCCGUCAGCGUCGCCGCAGCUUCCGUCCAGGUCCCCGGGAACCACGAGCCCGGUGAACUCCGACCUUCUCUCACCUGAGGAGGGUCUCCCUGAUGGCUCCCCGGCCCCCAGGAGCCUCCACGCUUCCUGCAGCAAUGGCAUAUUUGUGCCGGCGCUGCAGGACCAGCCUCCCCUGACCUCUCACACACCCUCACCCUCUCUCUCCUUCUCCAUGUCUCUCUCGUCCUCGCCGUCCCUGUCCCCCUGUCAAGGCCCUCACCCGUCCCGACCUGCCAGCUGUGCCAGCAGAGGUCUGCUACCCCAGCCUCCCUCCCAAGACACCGCCCCUCCCCUGUCCUCCCACUGCUCUGCUCCCCCAUCACUCACGUCCUCUCCUGGAGACCAGCGGUUGGGGCCUCCCCCCCCCGUCCCCCUCGUGUCCCCGGCCGUCCCCCUGCACCCCUCCACCCUCUCCCUGCCCUUGUCUCUGGACCUUGCCAGUGCGUGGAGGAGGCAGGGAGGAGACAUCCAGACUCCAGCUUGGUGUAAACGUCAGCUGCGCCACGGGGACACCAGACCCGUCUCUCACCCCCAGGAGCUGGAGAUGCAGGAGUGGGGACGACAGGCGGAGGAGGGGAGGUCCUCCACAGAGCACAUCAGCUUCAUCGAUGAAGAGGAGCCAGCGUUAUGAACGAGCUGGAACUGAGCAACCGUGAGAGGUGACGGUGAAGUAGCAGAUCAGGGACAGUGACGACAGGCCGAUGGAGUGAAAACCAACAGGAAGCAGACGGCUGCGCUGAAAGGACGGACAGGUGGACAGCAACCUGACGUGAUGUCAGCUGAUCAGCUGAUCAGAGUGACAGCAGCACGUCUCACAGUAUCAACACUCGAGUAGCUUCAGUCCAUCCACGCAGCGUCUGGGACUCACAGGACCAGAGCACAUCUUUUUAAACCACUUCCAUCGAUCUGCGGAGCCUCCAGCAAAACUAACCCACAGUUAUUGCUCUUUAAGCCCAGUAUGGAUUUCUCCUCCUCUUUAAAGGGCAGAUCUCUCAGCUGGAUGAUCUAAAGCACCGGCACCGGGACUGGGAAUGUACAUCUUCAUUAAGUCUCCGUGGUGUCAGAUCUGCUGUUGAGCCUGUUUUGCAGUUUUCUGCUCAUCCACGUGGAAUCAUCUCCUCACACACACACGCCUCACGACAUUAGAAGAUGUUAGAGUUGGUUCAUUUCCCUGUAAAGAAGUUUGAAGUCCGCAGUCUAGCGGCUCGGGUCGUGUGCCAAAGACAAAAAGCAAGAUAUCUGGAAGAAGAACAGCACCGAUACAAAUAUUCCACUGUUUAUAUCACCACCAUGACUGUUUACAACCAGCCUACCAGAUUGUAAAGCAAACUCCCACAUCACUCCUGAGCUUUAGCCAUCCAGCCAUUCGUGCCUUCUCCAUUUAAACACGUUCCUCUAAAGUCCCUCAGCUGUUGACUGCAGGCAGCAUUUGGAUCAAAAUUUACACCAGGAAGCCAUAGACGACACAUUCAGAGAACAACUGCACCUCGAUCUAACAUCUCUUAUUUAUUUAUUACAUCUAUUUUUGUCGAUGAGGAAAUAUAUUGCACUUCUGGGAGGUGCAAGGCCGAGGAGGAAGGUUUUAUGAUUUGAGGUUUCACUCCAGACUGAGUGGAACCUUCCCGAUCCUUAUGUAGCACACACACACACACACACAGAGCAUAUCUUGGAAUACGCACACGUCAUCAUGUGCAUCCUCCCCCCCCCCUGGUACGAGGCACAAGCCUACAGCUGGAAAGCUACGAUACCCAGGCUGCAUCACUCUGGAGGUCUCAGGACUUCAGUGCAUUUCUGUCUUUGCUUUGCCGAGGUGCUCCGCGCACGGCGUUAUAUACAAUGUAAUAUAGAGAGUCAGAUUUCUGGUUUCUAUUUUCAGUAACGGGAGCAGGGCGAGGGACGAGCCGGACUCUGAAACACACACAGGUUCACUGAGCAGAACUCACGUCCACGUCUGAGGAGCUCGGGUCCCGCAGGUUUUCUCUGAGGCUGGGGAGGGUGGGGGGGUUUAAAAGGUUUUAAAUCAAAUGCAUGUCACAGCUUCUUUUUGCAUGAGGAAUGUGCCUGCUUUUGAGCUGUCGAGGGCCGAGGGCUGAGGGCCGAGGGGAGUUAACGGACGGCCGGCCCGGCUGGAGGCUGCUGGGUUUCAGAUGUAUUUUAUUAAUGACUACUGUUACAUUUAAAAAGAAACUUUACCAGGAUUACAAACUGUACGACAAUAAAGAAGUGUUGUUUUGUAAGA